UUGCCCGCAGAUGCCUGUCUCUCCAAACUGUGCAGUCUCUCCAAUCGCAACGCAUAGCGCGAUCGGCGAAGGCUGGGCUUCGCCUUUCCCCCCAUCCCCACGUCACGCCAUCUCUGCGACCCUCUUUGCCUCCCAUUGAAGAGACAGCGGCAGCACAGACGUCUGAGUCUCUCAACGUAAGCUCUCAGAGCGACAAAGCGAGCCGGCGACGGGAGGGAGCCUGGAUGCUAUUUUGGGACCGUCCCCGAGAAGAUGCGCGCCUCCAGAACUGGGCUCGCACUUUGGCUUCGAACGAGCCCUUUUGUGGCGCACAUGGAUGACCUCGCAGCAGAUGUUUAGAUGAUAUUCUCUCCUUACCACUUCCAAAAAGGCCUGGCUAGCCCCGAUCGGCUCCACAUGGAUGCAUCCCACUACGGGAGGUGCGCGCAUGCAGGAGCACAAAGCCCAUGCUCGCCCGAGCAGCUCAUUCCUCUAAGGGAAAUUCCCCACAAGCUCCUGAAACAAUUGGACUGCUUCGGGGCCCCCGCGGACGACAUGAUGACAACUGUAAUGUGAUUUGCUCCAAACGCCGCAGACCCGUUUUUUGUCUGAGAGGGGGCGAGAUUUUUUGGUUGCUACGAUUAGGAUUUAUCUGCGCCGCGAGCCCCUUUGUGUCCGCGCGGAGGCUUAGCACAUAGGGGCUUUGCUUGCUGCUUGGCUCUCUUGCUUGCUUUCUUGCUUGGCUUGGCCGGCUGUUGCGGCCAGCUGCUCCGCGGGACCGGGCAGCGAUGGCAGCCGGUCGCCCGCAACCACACGACCACCCGCCUGAGAACGGCUUCAUCCCACUUGAUCAGCCGGCACCCAGGCUGCUGCCGCACAUCGACGCCUCGGUUCUGCCGUCUCUUGGGGGGUUCGGGAGGCACCAGAAGCAGCUCGUGGUCCUGACCUGGAUACCGGCAUUGUUCAUAGGCUUUAGUCAAUUCUCGGAUUAUUUCCUCUUGGCGCAGCCCAACGGCACGUGUUUGCAACCUUUGGGUAACGACAGCAAAUGGACAGCAGAAUCGUACCCGCUCACCGGUACCGGACUGCAGGUCAACGGCACCGGGGAUGAUGAAGACGACGACGGCAGUGGUCUGCUGUGCGCCUGCAAGGAGAGGACAUUGGAGCUGCACACGGGACUGAGUCAGAAUGUGGUUACCAAGUGGAACUUGGUGUGUGACUCAGCCUGGAAGGUCCAUAUUGCCAAAUUUUCUUUGCUCGUGGGCUCCAUUUUUGGCUACUUAGUGAUGGGUGUCAUGGCCGACUGGUUCGGUCGCCACCCGGUGUUGAUUCUCUCUGUGCUCUUCAUGCUGGUGUUUGGUUUGAGUGUUGCCUUCUCUGUAAAUGUCACCAUGUUCAGCACCUUGCGCUUCUUUGAGGGUUUCUGCUUGGCGGGCCUCGCUCUUUCCCUCUACGUGCUCAGGGUGGAGCUUUGCUUGCCCGCCUGGCGUUUCUCCAUGACCAUGGUGGCCAGUUUCCUGAUGGUGGCGGGGCAGCUGCUGAUGCCUGGCCUGGCUGCCUUGUGCCGCCAUUGGCCAGGGCGAGAUGACUGGCAGGUUCUGCAGAUUGUCAUCAUCAGCCCCUUCGUCUUGAUGCUGCCCUACGUCUGGAUUUUUCCUGAAUCGUUACGCUGGCUGCUGAGCACCCGGCACUACAGACGUUCCAAAGCCAUGAUGCUGCGCAUUGCGAGGAAGAACCAAGUGGACAUGACGACUGAACCCAACAGAGUUCUUUCAGAGCUGGAGCAGGAGCUGCACAAGAGGCCCCAGCGCUCCUGCGUGGUGAAAAUGAUGAGUACCAGGAACCUGUGGAAGAACAUUGUGGUGCUGUGCGUCAACUCGUUGACAGGCUACGGGAUACACCACUGCUUCGCUCGAAGUAUGAUGGACCCGGAAGCCCAGCCCACUGCUUUGUGCCACACAGACUACUAUACCAUGGCUGGCAUCGCCGUGGCAACGUGCGUGGCGCUGUGCCCCAUGGUCGGCCUGAUGGGUCGACGCGGUGGCCUUCUGACCUUCAUGAUCAUCACAGCGCUCGCGUCACUGCUGCAGCUGGGCCUGCUCAAUCUGAUUGGGAAGUACAGUCUCCGGUAUGACAUGGUCCUGCGGGACAGCCUAAAGAGGAAAUUCUCUGUGGCCUUCUCCAUCAUCGGCAUGUUCUCCUCUCAUGCUGUCAGCACCCUCAGUAUUUUCUUUUGUGCUGAAAUCACACCAACAGUCAUCAGGGGCGGAGGUCUGGGUCUGGUCUUAGCCAGCGCCGGCUUCGGCAUGCUGACCGCGCCCAUCAUGGAGCUCCACAACCAGAAGGGCUACUUCCUGCAUCACGUGAUUUUUGCUUGCUGCACGCUGCUGUGCAUCAUCUGCCUGCUGCUGCUCCCAGAGCCGCGGGGUCAGCCGCUGCCCGAGAGCCUGGCUGACGGGGAGACGUUCACCCGGCAAACCUUGCUCCAUCCGGGCGAGCAGCACCUUCUCCUGGCCAAGGGUGACAGGGACUACUCACGCGUUCAUGACACCCCGCUUCACCUGUCGGCCACGGGCGGCGCCACCGCGGCAGCUGCCACCGCUCUGGCAGCGGUGCCGGCCUCGUACUCCUUGGCCACCGGCGGCGAGGUCAUUGCCAACCACACGAUGGCCAACGGGGUUUGAGCGCAACGAGUUGCUCAGCAACUAACAGGUCUGGGAAGCCACUUGAACUUGGGAUUCAACUCGAAUCCCAAAUUCAAACGGCAAAUCAUUGAACCAUUUUGAAGGGAACCGUUUUGUUUGUUGUGACCCUGAUGAUCUCUUGUGCCAAGAGAGGUUGGGAUGUUGAGGAAGGUAAAUUUGUCAUUUGUAGUUAAAUUAUGAAUUCAAGAAUUGCCAAAAUAUUUGACCUGAUUUGUAUUGAUCUGAAAUCUCCUGUGUUGCACUGCUGUCGACUCUGUUUUGAGUCUUUCCCAGGUCAAAGGAGCCGAUGAAGGUAAAUGGAGCAGCUAUCGGUCAGUGUUUGAGUUGACUUCUUCUAACAGUUAAUUUUUGCACUACAAGUCAAGAGACACAAUCAAGCGGAUUGGCUCAACCAUUAUCGCUGUAUGUUUUGCAUGAACGGGCACCACGUUUUAAAGGUUAUUUGUAUUACGCUGGUCUACAGUGGCACUUUAUCCAGAAGUUGUUGUAGACGCUGAUUUUGAAAGUGAGCAUCACGGCGGUUGGUGAAGGUUUAUGAAGGUUGCUCGUGCAUCCGGAGACCUUGGCGCGCAUUGCCAUGAGAGACUGCGGGUGAUGCUACACAGACGUGAGCGUUGAAUGGACAUUGAAGUUCUCUUCUCUGAAGUCUUAUGAUGCGUCUCAACAUUUGAACUGCCUUUUAUGUAUCUGUCGUUCUGAACCUUUUGUCAUGCAGCCCAAUUUUAGUCGCUUGUCACUCGCGAAUAUCCCGCUCCAUGUCUCACUAGCUGUGUUCUCUGUACUGUGGUCAUGAUGUAAUCCUGCUCCGAUGGUAGCUAGCCAAAAAGCACAAUUACAAAACUAAACACUAGUAGACUAGAACAGUCUGCCUCGAAAGGGGUUGCCUGUUGUUAGGGAUUCUUAGUACUACGUACAACCUGUGUUCAUGAACUAUUCAGCAAUGAUGUGUGAUACACCUAUUUAGACUCUACAAGCACAUUCUAUAGUAGCGUUACAUAAACUACAAACAGAAUUGUAGGACCCAGCAUCUUCCUUGUACUUCUUUAGCAUGUUUCGUAUUUUGAACACAAUUUUGAACACAUGGUUCAUGUUUUCACCACUUACACUAAAAAAAA